ACCCAAUACGUGGUGCUCUGUUAGCUGUUGGUGCGUCCAUUGGUGGUAUUAGUGGAGGAAGACCCAUGGACGGCGUAAGCCAACACGGUUCGCUUCGCGGCACUGCCGGAUGGUCGCGUUAGAUGGUGCGAAACGUUCUCUCCCGCUGGAAGCUGAUCGCAGUGUGCUGUGAGUGCGUUAAACUUUUGAUCUUAACGCUGCAGUACGCUGAAGUAACCGAAUAGAGCCGUAUGUGUGUGUGUUUAUGUUGCGUGGCCCGUAAUUGUGCCGCUUAAUGAGUGUAGUAGUUUUGUGCCAAGGGAAAAGUGUGGACAUUACAGUGUUACAGUGGACGUCCCCAUCGCUAAAGUGAGCCGAGCGCGGUAGGGGUAGAUUUUUCCUGUUAUUGUGCGCCCCUUUUCCCAAGCAUUCAGUACAGUUCAAAGUGGACUGAAGUUUAAUUUCCCCCUCUCCGGAGAAAGCGGAGCAGGGAAUGAUGUGAUUGCUAUAACGGAACCACCACAGCCACAGCGGUCCGGUGUGAUUAGAGCGACGAAUUUUGAAAUUAACCUUCCACCUUGUGUGUGUGUGUGUGUGUGUGUGUGUGUGUGUGUGUGUGUGUGUGUGUGUGUGUGUGUGUGUGUGUGUGUGCAAACAUUCCGUGUUCCGUGACCUAAGCAACGAAGCAAUAUGAUGCGCAACGUUACAUGCGGCGUUGCUAAGAAACGGCAACGAAUAAAGCUGCCGAGCGCGGUAUUGCUUUGGGGUUUGUUUGCGCUGCUGCUGUGCCUUAGCUCAUCCACUGCCGGUGUGUACGAUGGUGCAGAUGAUGGUGGUGAUGCAGUAGUGCAGGAUGCAACCGCCUCGCAAAGGAUACUUUCGCGCAAGAGACGCUUCCUGACGUUUCCCGAAGGAAGUUCCUUUCAAGUAGUGUACGAUCAGACCAUACCGAUGAUCGGUGUCGAGCGGCUGUUCACGAUCGGCAUUACGGUCGCGCUGGCGUACGAGCUGCCGAGCAUCACCUUCAACCAGAUCGAGGAGAUGCUGCGUGAAAAUGCGGCCGACGAUAAGAUGGACCUCAACGCGAACAACACCAUCCUGGUCGAUAGCAGCAAACCGUCGACCACCCCGGCGCGCAAGAACAUCUUCGACUACUACUACCAAACACCGGGCCGACCGGCAGGGAACGUGCCCGGCCGUAUCAAUUACUACACCGCACCGGACCGACGUUACGAUACGGUCGAUCGAUACGGGCAGCGUCUUCCGUCGUGGGAUCGGUUCGUAUCGAACCGCUUGCCGCAUCCACCGUACGCCGAUCCGACGGGGAACGAUUUUGGCAGCAUUGUGAACAGAUACCUUCAAGGUUGGAUACGCCGUCAUCCGCCCAACUAUCCGAUGGCCAAAAAGCGCUUCUAUCCGGUGUUUGGUAAGCGAAGCAUCCGCGAAGACACGGCACCACUCGAUCGUCACUUUCUCAACCAUCAUCGGACAACGCGCCACACGCUGUACGAGCAGAUUGAGCAGUUUCUUACGGCCAAGGGUAAACACGGACACCAUUGCGUGCUGCGGGCGCUCUGCGAAAGCGGCCAGCGUAAAGAUGACACCGAGCCGGACACAUUUUUAAAGGAAAUUCUUCGCGCCAUAUUCAGCCUGCCCGCCACCCAUGAACCUCCGGCACACCACAAGCACCGGCUGUACGAUGAAGCGCACGCCCAUGCCGGAAACUGCUCCGAAACCUAUUCCUACUGCGAGGACAGCUUUUGGUCGUCGAAUUUUGUGUUCUAGCCGUGCGCUGCACCUGCCAGUAUGCUUUGCUAAUGAGCGUGUAAUUUACGUGUAAUUUGUACACUGGUAACACACAUCAACUACUCAAACGAUUGGACGACGCUGAAGUGGGAAGCGGUGUUCACCGGCAAUGUAACGAUAGACUAUUCCACAAACGACGCAAGCAACGCGAAGCAAAUGGAACCAAACGUUCGACACGGCACAGGCUGGGAGCAUUCGUAUAGAAGCGAUGAUAUUAUUUGCAAAAACCGGAUCGUUCGACCGGAUCGUUCUAUACCGUUGGGCUCUCUUAAUGUUAAAUUAAGUUAAAACAAAACACAUGUUUUAAACCCCCGCCACUACGAAAUGUAAGCUGAUCGCUAUGGUUAUUUCGUUUAGCAUGAUAAAUGUCGCAGCCAAUGAAUAGAUUGAUAAUAAAUUGCUCUUAUUGUGUGUUACGCCAAACGAUUCAUAUCACAACUUACCGCUAAACUUGGCCUUUAUAAACAACAGAAGAGAUAGGAAAAGUCCUUUAAUGAACGACUUUACUGCUUAUUUCGUAUUUGGACCAAUAUCCAACUCCCGUUUGAACUAAUAUCCAUCUCAUUUUAUAAAGGCUGAAUAUCUCGCUGUAGGUAGAAUUUGGAAACUUUUGUCUUACAAACCUGUUUAGAAGUUAAGACCAGCCUCGGCCUACCUGUGUCACAGUUGUCUCAUCAUUUUUUAUUCGUAUUUAUCGCCUUUUAGAGAUUAUAUUUACUUACUUAUCUGGCACUACAACUGCUUUGCGGUCUUGGCCUGUCUCAAGAGUGUCCGAAACCGCUCACGGUCUCGCGCCUUCGUCUGCCAGUCCUCCACGCCUUUUCCAUGCGUACAACAUGGCCAGCCCACCGGAGUGAGUCGUCAAUGAGAUCGCCGUACAUCUCGUACAGCUGGUCAUUGUAGCGGCUCCUCCAUUGUCCUUCCACACAUAAGUGUCCUUCUGCGCAUCUUCCUCUCGACCGCCUCUAAGAGGGUUUCGUCAAAUUUGGACAGUGUUCAUGUCUCAGAGGCGUAUGUGAGUACCGUUACUAUAUAUGCACUAUAUAGUCGCAGCUUCGUCCGUCGCGACAGAUUCUUGAGAUGAACUGAUUUUUCCGGCUGUAGAAUGACCGGUUGGCAGCCAGCAUCCUUGCGCGCAACUCAGCUAAUAUUCUAUUGUCGUUGCUGACCUUUGACCCAAAAUAGGUGAAUUCUGGGACGACUUCAAAAGUGCGUUAACCUAUCUGUACGUGACGCCUACGUAGAUUCUGAUUAUUUAUUUGGGCCGCUGAUGUUGCAACCAUCUGUUUGGUCUUUGCCUCGUUUAUCUGCAAUCCGAGGCUCUCUGCCGCCUGCUCGAUCUCUUGGUAGGCUUCUGCUACAUAAGAGAGCCGCAGACCAAUGAUGUCUAUAUCAUCAGCGUAUGCCAGGAUCUGGGCAUUGACUUUUGGAUAAACGGGAAGAUGGUUCCCGUAGUCUCUACCCUCGAAUCAAGGAUGGACGACCUCUCCAGCGCCAAGUUGAAUAGGAGACAUAUAAGCCCGUCCCCCUGGCGCAGACCCUUGGUGGUAGCAAAAGGUCCUGAGAAUUUUCCAUUUACCUUUACCUGGCAAGUGACGUUGGUCAUAGCCAUUCUAGCUAGCCUUACCAGUUUGGCCGGGAUUCCAAAAGAGCUCACAGCGUCGUAUAGUUUUACCCUGGCUAUGCUAUCAUAGGCAGCUUUGAAGUCAAUGAACAGAUGGUGGCGUGUCCUGUCUGUCUUCUGCCAUCAUCUCCAAGAUCUGCCGUAUGGUGAAGAUCUGAUCAGAUAAGUCACUGAAAGCCAAGCCCAUUAGCGGUACAGUCAGGCAUUGACCGACUACGGUUGUUGAGACAAAGAAGAAGAAGAAUAAGAAGAAGAAGAAGAA